UUUCUUUUGUGAUUCUGUGGUUAGCAGAUGGCACAAACAGCAAUUUAUUUAACGUAGCUAUAAGUAAUUCAAAUAAAAACUAGAAUGGAAUAAAAUAAGCAGACAGUCCCCAAGAAUCCUAAGAUGAAGUUAAAUCACAAAAGCAUCGAAAAGGAUGGGUGCGGGAGUAUCAGCCUCACUCCUGAAGAGCCAGAAGACAUCUGGCACGCGUACAAUCUCAUUUCUGAAGGAGAUAUUGUGACUGCGUCUACUGUACGUAAAGUUCAAACAGAAUCCGCUACUGGUUCGUCUACCAGUAGCAGAGUUAGGACAACUUUGACUAUAAAUGUGGAGACAAUAGACUUUGAUACUCAAGCAUGUGUGUUACGGUUGAAAGGGCGAAAUGUGGUGGAGAACCAGUAUGUCAAGAUGGGUGCAUACCACACAUUAGAUCUAGAAUUAAACAGAAAGUUCAAUUUACAAAAAACACUAUGGGACUCCGUGGCCCUGGAGAGAGUGGAGAUGGCAUGCGACCCGGCAGCAAAUGCAGACGUUGCUGCGGUGGUGAUGCAGGAGGGGCUGGCGCAUGUGUGCCUCAUAACACCGUCCAUGACUCUAGUGCGGUCAAAGAUUGAUAUCACUAUUCCUAGGAAACGGAAAGGAUUUGUACAGCAACAUGAAAAGGGCCUAAACAAGUUUUACGAUGCAGUGAUGCAAGGAAUUCUGCGGCACAUAGACUUCUCCAUAGUGAAGUGUGUAAUCAUAGCAUCACCUGGCUUCGUCAAGGAUCAGUUCUUCGAAUACAUGAUGCAGCAAGCAAUUAAAACUGAUAACAAGCUGCUUAUUGACAAUAAGAGCAAGUUCCUGUUGGUGAAAGCAUCAUCAGGGUUCAAACAUUCAUUGAAAGAGGUUCUUCAAGAGCCUGCAGUAAUGGCAAAAAUCUCAGACACAAAGGCAGCAAGCGAGGUAAAGCUCCUGGAGAGUUUCUACACCAUGUUGCAGUUGGAGCCGGCCAAGGCGUUCUACGGGAAGAAGCAUGUUGAGAGGGCUAAUGAGGCACAGGCGAUUGAGGUCCUGAUGAUAUCUGAUAAGUUAUUUAGAUGUCAAGACAUUCAGAAGAGGAAGGAGUAUGUAGCUCUGGUGGACUCAGUACGGGACAACGGUGGAGACGUCAGGAUAUUCUCCAGCAUGCACGUUUCUGGUGAACAACUAGACCAGCUAACAGGUGUGGCAGCCAUUCUGCGAUUCCCAAUGCCCGAGUUGGAAGAUAGCGACGAAGAAGACGAGGAUUCAGAUUCGGAUUAACUUUCAUACUACGGCCACACUAUGCUCCUCGCGCAGCCGCGAUGUUGCCCGCUCCGGCCGCACACUGCCCUACUCGCGCGAUUAACCUUUCGUAUGCGCAUGUCAAAAAAUUGCCAUAUAAAUAGCAAUCGUAACUUCAUGUUUUAAGUUGAAUAUAUAUGGAGCAGAUCUGCGCGACACUCCAUACUUCAUAUUGCCGGUCCUUUGACUCGCGCCAAAAAACCGACAAAAUAGGGAGCGGUGGCAGGGGUGCAAAACUCCUCGCUUCGGGCAAACUCGGCUUCGUUCGGCUCAGCAUUGCUCCGAGCAAUUAUUAGGGUUGGCACAACUUGACGUCCCUUUGCGUGCACGACCGCAGAUAAGAUGAGGACUAAUGAAUUGAAUUUUGAUAACCCUAAAUAGCCGAAAGGGAUAGUGCCAUAUAUUAGAAAGGGAUAGCAUGAUUCGACCCUGAACUGCUGUCAAACUUCGGUUUUGUAGGAAGUUUCCUUUCUGUACGGUAGUACUAUUAUUUAUUCUGUGGCGGCGGGCAUGAAGAGUAGCGCGGCCACACUACUACGUCUCUGCCUACUUCCCAUUCCACUCGAGUAUGUGGCAGGGGUAUUACACCUUUACCACAAGCGAAUGUGCUCAAGGAACAAACUUUGGUGCAGUCAGCAGCAGGCGAGGUUGUUCUAAAUGAUCGCAGCACGAGCUUUUUGAUACGGGUUUGUAUUACACGGACGCAGAUCCAGCUACUUCUGCACACAAAUAUUUCCUCAACUACUAUUCAGUUAAUAGUGUGCAUGCAGCUAUGGAGUUUAUUAGUCUUGCUACAAUUUUGGAACAAAGAGAUAACAAAUGAGCAGAGUUUGUACACUGUUGAAUAACUGUACAUUUGUUGUUGUUUCAAGUGGUUCAACUAUUUCUUCAGCCGACUGUACUGUACAUAAAAAAAAGCAAAAAUACGAUUCGAAAAAAAUCAAUUAGCAGAUAAUCGAUUAGUUUCGCGUUUGAUUCCCAUGACUGGUACAUUUUUGGCGAAUAGUCAAAUAUUCUGUUCGUUUUGCAAAUGUUGUCUUUACAAUUUGUUCCUGUUGUAAAAAACAACCUGUAUAGUAGUAGUAGCUAAUAAGAUACAGUUUUCAAGUCGUCAUAAAAAUAUAUUGAAUUUUCAGUCUUUGUUAUUAUUUUGUAUCGGAAAUUGUUCUGUUGUUGCUGUCUGAUGGUUAUAUUGACUCUAUGCUCUGUGCUUGGCUCUUAUUGUUAUGAAUAUCAAAUGUUGUAUAUAUAUAUGUCUCAGGU